AUGUCCACUGCAAGCUCCGCUUCUGCUGAUUUAGAACAACAAAAACCUGAAGUUGAUUUAUCUAAUGUUCCUGACAAUGAUCAUGCUUUACCUCAGGAUAAAUUCAAUUUAAAGAAUUCUCGUUUCAAUAUCGGUACUGGUGAUUCAAUGACUACCAACAUGAUUGCUUGCUAUGGUGAAUUUGUCGGUACUUUCAUCUUCCUUUUCUGUGCUUACGUCAUCUGUAACGUCGCUAACCACAGUUUAGAUUUGACUUACCCAACUGGUCAAACUCAAUUCGACUCUCACCCAUCUCAAAUCAUCAUGAUCGCUUUAGGUUUUGGUUUCUCUUUAAUGUUCUCUGUUUGGUGUUUUGCUGGCGUUUCUGGUGGUGCCUUGAACCCUGCCGUCUCUUUAUCUCUAUGUCUAGCAAGAGCAAUUUCUCCAGUCAGAUGUUGUUUCCACUGGUUAGGUCAAAUCUUAGGCUGUUUAGCUGCUGGUGGUGUUGUUAAUGCUAUCACCCCAGGUGGUGCUCACUUCGUCAACACUUUAGGUUUAGACUGUUCAAGAACUAGAGGUCUUUUCUUAGAAAUGUUCGGUACUGCUUUCCUUUGUUUCACCGUCUUAAUGACUGCCAUUGAAAAGCGUGAAACUAACUUCAUGGCCGCUUUACCAAUCGGUAUCUGUUUAUUCAUCGACCAUUUAGCUUUAACCGGUUACACCGGUACUGGUGUUAACCCAGCCAGAUCUCUAGGUGCUUCCGUUGGUGCUGCAUCUUUCCCACCAUACCACUGGAUUUACUGGGUUGGUCCUCUAUUGGGUGCCUUCUUAGGUUGGGCCGUCUGGCAAAUCUUGAAAAUUGUCAACUACGAAGCUUAUAUUGAAGCUGAAAAGAAGCAAGACAACUAA